GCCCAUGCGCCACCGCCUCCUCCGCCGUCGCGCAGCUCGCGGCCGUCACUUUGUGUAGUGCGGGGGGGUCCCCGGUGGUCACAGCCCCCCCACGAGUCCGUGUCUCGCUGCGGCUCGGCCGGGCCCGGGCGCGCGCGCGGAAAGGGGCCUGAGAGCGUGCUGGCUAAUGGGUGCUCUCCGCUCCCCUCUGCCCCCGCCACUCCCAAGAGGCGAAGCAAGGUGCUCUCCCAGCCCUGCAACCUUCCGAGCUGCGUAGUUGCCAGCCGUCUGCCGUUUCUCGGGCCUGCCCUGGUUCAUGUGCGCUGACGGCCGGGCCCCACGGAGGCUCUCCCCGGACAAUGGCUGCCCUUCACCGUACUCCAGACUCCCCGGCUACCCAGCUGGAGCCUGUGGAAGAUGGGUCAGAAUGUGAUGCUGACCCUGAGGAGGAGGAGGAAAAGGGGCGAGAGGAGAUGGAGGGGGAAGAAGGGCAGGAAGUGAUAGGAGAGGAAGUGACCACACACGUUCAGGAGAAGGUGGCAGAGAUGGCGGUGGAGGCCAACUCAGAGGACAGCAGUGAUGAUGGUGACGGUGAUGAUGUGGAGGAGGUGCUGGCAUCGGAGCAGACUCUGAGCGCAGGGACCCAGGAGCGGCUCAGCAGUGGUGCCGAUGCCGAGUCACCAGUUCUUCAAGGGAAAGCCCUGCAGGCCGCCCGGGUGUCUCCCACAACUCAGGAUGAGGAUCUGGAGGAAGAGGAGGAGGAAGAUGAGGAGCAUUUCCUGACCCAGGGGUUGGUGACCUUCGAAGACGUGGCUGUGUACUUCUCGCUGGAGGAGUGGGAGAGGCUGGAUGUGGACCAGCGGGACCUCUACCGGGAAGUAAUGCAGGAGAACUAUGGGAUCCUGGUCUCCUUGGGGUACCCAAUCCCUAAGCCGGAUCUGAUCUUCCACCUUGAACAAGGAGAAGAACCUUGGGUCCCUGACAGCCCCCAUCCCGAGGAGGGAGACAUUGUCACUGGUGUCUACACGGGAGCGUGGUUCUGGACCGAUGACCUAGAAGACCACGAGGAGGAAGACGACGAGGACUUCCUUGCCGAGAUGGCUGAGGAGGAGAACGAGCCCCCGGGGUUGUGGUCUGCCGCCUAUGGCGUGGGGGACGUGCCCGGGACUUGGGGCCCCGACGACUCAGACGCCACACAGACCCCAGAGGUUUGGGGUCUCCCGGCCAACCCGGCCAGCCUCGGCCUCCUGGCGGAGGAGAUGCAAGCGAAACACUUCCUGCCCGGGCGGGAGCGCGGGGACGGUUUCCUGGCGCCCUGGGCAUUUCCCGCGGUGGCUGUCCCCCUCGGACGCCCCGAGACCACGUGUGACGUGUGCGGCAAAGUGUUCCCGCACCGUUCGCGCCUGGCCAAGCACCAGCGCUACCACGCGGCCGUCAAGCCCUUCGGCUGCGAGGAGUGCGGCAAGGGCUUCGUGUACCGCUCGCACCUGGCCAUCCACCGGCGCACACACACCGGCGAGAAGCCCUUCCCGUGCCCGGACUGCGGCAAGCGCUUCGUCUACAAGUCGCACCUGGUCACGCACCGGCGCAUCCACACGGGCGAGCGGCCCUACCGCUGCGCCUUCUGCGGCGCGGGCUUCGGCCGGCGCUCCUACCUGGUGACGCACCAGCGCACGCACACGGGCGAGCGGCCCUACCCGUGCGCGCACUGCGGCCGCAGCUUCAGCCAGAGCUCGGCGCUCGCCCGCCACCAGGCCGUGCACGCCGCCGCGCGCCCGCACGGCUGCCCGGACUGCGGCCGGGCCUUCCGCCUGCGCGCCGACUUCCAGCGGCACCGGCGCGGCGGCGGCUGCGCGAAGGCCGGCGGGGGCGCGCCCCCCGAGGCGGGGGUGCCGGGGCCCCCGGAGCCGGAGGCCGGGCCCCCGGAGCCUGGAGAGCCCGGGGCCGGCGAGCCCGACGGACGCCCCGAGGCCGAAGCCGGAGAGCACCAGGAGGAGGAGGUGGUGGCGGCGGAGACGACUGUCCCCGACAGCGAGAAGGAGCCGGAGGCGGACGGGCGGCCCCGGGAGCUGGGCAACGGCCUGGCGGAGGGCGGGGGCCCGCACCCGCUCGGCUUCCCCUUCCCCGUGCACCCCAAGUCCUGGCUGCAUCCGGACGCUUUCCCCAUUCUGGGCUUCCCCGAGUUCUCUGGACGGCUGCAGGCCGACGGGCGCCUCCUGGCGCGCGCCCUGGGCGCCCCGCUGUCCCUGGAGGGCGCGGGCCCGGGGGGCGGGCCGGACGGCGGCCUCCGGGCCUUGGCGCCCGCCGCCGGCUCGCUGCUGGCGGGGCCCGCGCCCGGCGCGCUGGCGGAGGAGGAGAGCCCGUGGAUCUGCUCCGACUGCGGCAAGACGUUCGGGCGGCGCGCGGCGCUCGCCAAGCACCAACGCUACCACGCGGGCGAGCGGCCGCACCGCUGCGCCGACUGCGGCAAGAGCUUCGUGUACGGCUCGCACCUGGCGCGCCACCGGCGCACCCACACGGGCGAGCGGCCCUUCCCGUGCCCGGAGUGCGGCGCCCGCUUCGCCCGCGGCUCGCACCUGGCGGCGCACGUGCGCGGCCACACGGGCGAGAAGCCGUUCGUGUGCGGCGUGUGCGGGGCGGGCUUCAGCCGGCGCGCGCACCUCACAGCGCACGGGCGCGCGCACACAGGCGAGCGGCCCUACGCUUGCGGCGAGUGCGGCCGGCGCUUCGGCCAGAGCGCGGCGCUCACGCGGCACCAGUGGGCACACGCCGAGGAGAAGCCGCACCGCUGCCCGGACUGCGGCAAGGGCUUCGGCCACAGCUCGGACUUCAAGCGCCACCGGCGCACGCACACGGGCGAGAAGCCGUUUCGCUGCGCCGACUGCGGCCGCGGCUUCGCGCAGCGCUCCAACCUGGCCAAGCACCGGCGCGGCCACACGGGCGAACGGCCCUUCCCCUGCCCCGAGUGCGGCAAGCGCUUCUCGCAGCGCUCGGUGCUCGUCACGCACCAGCGCACGCACACGGGCGAGCGGCCCUACGCCUGCGCCAGCUGCGGCCGCCGCUUCUCGCAGAGCUCGCACCUGCUCACGCACAUGAAGACGCACCGCGGCCCGGGCGGCGCGCAGGCCCGGGGCGCCCCCGCCGAGGCCGCGCCGCCCGCUGGGGCCGCACCGCCGCCCCCGCCCCCGCCGCCGGGCGCGGGCCCCGGGACGCUGCUGGAGUUCGCGGGCGGGACCAGCUUCGGCUCCGAGCCCGCCGCCUCCGCCGGGCCCUCGGGCGCCUUCGAGGGCCGCGUCCUGUGAGGCCCGGGGGAGUGCGCGGCGCCCCGGCUCCGCGGAGCCUGGGGAUUCCCAGGGUCGGGUGUCCCGGGUCCCUCGCCCCUCGCUGCAGCUCUCGCUUGGGCGCGCGCGGGCCAUUGCGCGAAGCCGACCCAUCCCUGGCUCCGCGCUG